GGAAGUAGUGACAGAGUGACUCCUCUCCACUUCUCUACCAUCUCUACCAUUACUUACACACCGCUGGGGUUUCACUCGUCCAGAUACUGAAAAUGAGCAACUCCGAGGAACCCAAAGUGAAUAACUGUACUGCUCCACACAUAGUGAAAGAGGAGCUCAUUGCAGCAGGAAAAUGGGUGAAGCUGGAGAAGACGACGUACGUGGACCCCGCGGGAAACACCAGGACCUGGGAGACCACGAAGAGGACAACGAGACGAGCCAACACAGAAGCGGAUGGUGUCGGAAUUAUCGCCCUGCUGAAACGGACGCUCCACAAAGACUGCGUAGUGAUGGUGAAGCAGUUUCGUCCUCCCAUGGGAUGCUGCACUCUGGAGUUUCCUGCAGGGUUGAUUGACGAGGGGGAAAGUGCGGAGGUUGCUGCGCUGAGGGAGCUGAAAGAAGAAACGGGCUACAAAGGGGAAGUAGUCGGAGUCACUCCAGUGACCUGUCUGGACCCGGGUCUGUCUAACUGCACCACCCAGAUCAUCCUGGUCAACAUCAACGGAGAUGACAUGGAGAAUAUCAACCCAACGCAACAGCUCGGUGAUGGAGAAUUCGUCGAAGUCAUUCUUUUGCCUCUCGAUGAAUUCCAGACUAAAAUAGACGAUCUGCUGAAGAAAGAAAAAAUCGUGGUGGACGCCAAAGUGUACAUCUUUGCCAUGGGGAUGGUGCAGGCCUUCUUUAAGCCGAGGGAGCUCCCCGUCCUGAAGCAGUGAAGCGACAUGUUCAGGAUGAGAGGAAGAAAUAGUCUUUGCUGUUACAUAGGGCUCCUACACAGGACGGGAACAUUUGGAAAUGUGCUGGAAAGGAAAUUGAAGAAUUCCAAAUUAUAUGAAGAAAUUGUAUGAGAGGUGGUGCGUCGGGGUUUUAGACCCCAUGUAACUUUUUAAAAUUUGUUUCUGAGAAGUGCACAGACCAUCCGUAGAGCGAUUAUAGCAAUUCAAUCUUGAAAUUAAAUGAUGAAAUGAAAACGCCUUAGAUUUAGAAAGUGAACCUAUGAAGGAGCCCUGUUCACACUACAUGUCCCGGACCACUUUUUGUUCUCCGCACGGCGAGGCCUGGAGCGUACAUCUGGUGGCCAACUGUCAAUUGUUUGCACACUUAACACAGAAUAUGUUUCAGGCUUUAGUCUUGUACGCCUUACGUGACAAAUAGUCAUUUCCAGGUUUUUAUGAGAUUACAAGUAGUUUGAAUUUGUUGUCAUUUUUAUGUAGUGAUUGUAAGACAUUCCUUCACACGUGCUAACAUACUGUUUUGCGGACUUAAUGGGAGAAAAAAGAAAAUCCACCUCAAAACACUUUGGUGACUGUCAUUUUGCACUAACAUUUAACAUUGUGCAGAGAGCAAUGGACAGCGCCACCAUACAAGCUCACAUCCUUCUAUCAUGGGUUUUUAUCUAAAGACAUCCGAUAACUAACUUUAGAAGACCCAUUAGUCACCAACUAACUCAUGCAUUGUGAUAAUAGCUACAGACCAUGUUUGGUUGGUAUAUUAAACACAGUGUAAACAAUAUGAGGGGGAUUUCUCUCAUAUAACUCCACUGUAAUGUACAACAGAGGUACUGCACUGAUAAAGAAAGUAAGCGAUUAAUAGUGAACGAUUCCUGCUGUGCCUCUAACCUCAUUAUGGUGCAAUUAACUGGAUAUGUCCUUACCCUAGCAGCUAGAAAUUACUGACCAAUUAAUAAAUGUGGUACUACCUUUACUCUUA